AUGGCUUUGGGAAAGUUGACCGAGUUGCCGCAAAUAGCGAAACUUUCCCCGAGUGUGAUGCGAAUUCUUGGUUGUAACCCAGGAAUAAAGACUCUUCAAGGAACCAACACUUAUCUGGUCGGCACUGGUGCAAAGAGGGUCUUAAUUGAUGCCAGUGAGCCCGAGAAACCUUCGUACAUGGCCAAUGUGAAGCAGGUCUUGAAGGAAGAGUCGGUUACCAUUAGCGACAUUGUGGUGACCCACUGGCACCCUGACCACCUCGGUGGAGUCCAGCAGUUGUUGUCAACUUUGCCAUCUGCACCAAAUGUCAGGAAGCUGCCUUUGGAAGGAGAAACUUUUGAAUAUGAAAUUCAGAAAUUGGUUGAUGGUCAGGAGAUACGAGUUGAAGGCGCUUCCCUUAGAGUAAUCCAUACUCCAGGGCAUACCAAGGACCACGUGGUCUUGCUGGACACCGACAGAGGCGCUCUGUUUUCUGGCGACUGCAUCCUUGGAGAAACGACUGCAGUUUUCGAAGACUAUGUCUCUUACAUGGCGAGUUUGAAGAAGAUUCUCGAUUUGGAACCCAAGGUGAUUUACCCGGGUCACGGGCCGGUUGUUGACCAGCCCUGCGACAAAAUCCGGAUGUACAUCAAACACCGGGAACAACGAGAGAAACAAUAUCUUGACGUUUUGACGAAGCAGAGUGAUUUCGUGUCUGCUUCGUUCAUUGCCAAGGACGUUUAUGUGGGCCUGGAAGAUUUCAUGUUACCUGCUGCAGCGGAAAACGUGACAGUGCAACUGAGGAAAUUGAAAGCUGAAGGAAAAGUGCUACAAGACGGGGACAGUGACAAGUGGAAACUCGCAUACAAGAGGAACGCUUGAAUGUUGGUCGGUUCGGAGAUGGUCUCGCAAAUGCGAUCCACGUCGAGAUCCGGAAAAUCCACCAUCUUGACAUUCUCGGGCACUCCAGCUUCCUUCAAGAACUUGUUGAUCACAGCCGGGUUGGCUUCCAUCGGCAUCCAAUGACAAUCUCCCAUUGUGUUGUGAUUAAAAAGGCUGUUUUUUCAAUUCAAAUUAAAACCGUGGACAAUAUGGCUUUCUCCUGUGAAAAUGAUUGACGGCGGGAUGAAUAACCUCUUAAAAUAUUACCAAGACCAAGAAGGGAUUGCGCAAUACAUUAUUUUGUUUUACACGCCA